AGAACAGGGACCUGGAGCUCUUGAGCUGGAGCUGGCGGGUAUUGUUUACAUUCAGAAAUGAAAAUGGCGGCAAUAGCCAACUGUAACACUCUAACUGUAGCUGAUCACAUGUGAUUUUAUCAGUCAUCUGGCCAGCAUGAGCACGACGAGGCUGUGGAAAUCGUUUUCGUUACAUUAAUUUUGAUACUCAAACUCUUUUACUCUGUGGCAGUGACUUUUACACUUACAUAACAUUAGACUCUUCUUUGGCACCACUGAUUACAUUUGGCAACCCUGCAAUCAGCUAGGCCCUACUAUUACAUUUGACAACCUUGCAAAGAGCUGGCGGGUUCAGAAAAGUAUAGGGCAACGGGACCUAACCAAACCUGGACACAGCAGGCGAGAGUCACAACGGCCACUUACGCGAGUGACUCUUCUAUAGGCGUUAGCUUUAUUAUUCUAUGCCGCUAUCCGCUUUCUUCUCAGGGCGUAAAAUGGGCGUAGAGUUUUUUCCGAUGAUUCAUAAUUGCAUUACACGAAGUAAUUCCGGAUAAUUUGUAAUUUCUGCUAUUUUCUGCGUUUCAAUAAUCUGUGUAAUUUUUUCCUUCGUUUAGAGAUGGACAAUUUUGGGCCCAUUACCCUUAAAUGGGACCCCAAGAACCUCGAAAUCCGCACUAUGUCUGUAGAGAAAACCUUAGAGCCUCUCGUUCUUCAGGUCACCACUUUAGUGAACACCAAAGGUCCAUCAAAGAAAAAGAAGGGUAGAUCUAAAAGAGCUCAUGUCCUCGUGGCUGCUGUAGAGAAGGCCACCGAAAAUUUUAUCGAGAAAGGUGAACAAAUCGCUUAUGAAAACCCUGACAUAAAACAAGAAAUGCUUGCCGCAGUUGAGGAAGUUCGCAAAACAGGUGAGGCUAUGAGUAUUGCUGCCAGAGAAUUUGCCGAUGAUCCCUGUUCAUCCGUCAAACGUGGGAACAUGGUCCGCGCUGCGCGGAAUCUUUUGUCCGCCGUGACACGGCUUCUCAUCCUGGCAGAUAUGGUCGACGUUCAUCUACUCCUGAAGUCUCUACGAGUGGUUGAAGACGCUUUAGAAAAGGUGAAAAAAGCUGAGAGCCACCCAGAGUUAUUGAACAACAUCAAUGCAUUUGGCUGCAAAGCUUCAGAGCUAAUGGCACAAGCAGCAAAGCGACAACAAGAACUAAAGGAUCCUCAGUUACGUGAUGAUCUGGCCGCUGCUCGAGCUGUAUUGAAGAAGCACUCGACUAUGUUACUAACUGCCUCAAAGGUUUAUGUGCGUCAUCCAGAAUUGGCCGCUGCAAAAGCAAAUCGAGACUACGUCUUGAAGCAAGUUUGUGAAGCAGUUAACACAAUCAGUGAUGUGGCUCAAGGUCGUGCCCAAGGUGGAGAUCACCCAUAUGAUGGCCCUGGUGAACUUGCUGCUGCUCUCGACGACUUUGAUGAACGAAUGGUCAUGGAUCCUUUGGCAUACAAUGAAAUUCGUACUCGACCCUCCUUAGAAGAAAGGUUGGAGAGUAUUAUCAGUGGUGCUGCACUCAUGGCCGAUUCUUCCUGCACCAGAGAUGAAAGGAGAGAAAGAAUUGUUGCUGAGUGCAAUGCUGUUCGUCAGGCACUUCAAGACCUCCUUUCGGAAUACGUUGCCAAUCAACUUUCAAUUCAGAGAGGACCUAAAAGAAUGAGUGUCAAAGAUACCAGUGAAGGUCUGGAACGGGCUAUUGAUCACAUGUGCCGGAAAACUCGAGAUCUCCGCAGACAGUUGCGCAAAGCGGUGGUCGAUCAUGUGUCUGACAGCUUUUUGGAAACGAGUGUACCUUUACUUGUUCUGAUCGAAGCCGCCAGAGCAGGAAAUGAGAAGGAAGUUGAAGAUUAUGCUCUUGUUUUUACUGAGCAUGCAAACAAAUUGGUUGAAGUUGCUAACUUGGCAUGCAGUAUGUCAAACAAUGAAGACGGUGUCAAAAUGGUGAGGUACGCAGCAGCUCAAAUCGAUAAUCUCUGUCCGCAAGUCAUCAAUGCAGCCAGAAUUCUGGCCGCUCGACCCCGAUCAAAAGUCGCCCAAGAGAAUAUGGAUGUCUUCCGAGAUGCAUGGGAAGCGCAAGUACGUGUUUUGACGGAAGCUGUGGAUGACAUAACUACCAUCGAUGAUUUCCUUGCUGUAUCAGAAAACCAUAUUUUGGAGGACGUGAACAAAUGUGUGCUGGCUCUACAAGAAGGAGACGCAGAUACAUUGGAUCGUACGGCUGGCGCCAUUCGAGGGCGCUCAGCUCGAGUCUGCAACGUAGUAACUGCGGAAAUGGAUAACUACGAGCCAGGAAUCUACACAGAGCGUGUAAUAGAAGCCAUCAAAGUUUUACGUGAUCAAGUCAUGCCAAACUUUGCACAAAGAGUAGAAGUAGCUGUCGAUGCUCUAUCGUCAAACCCUGCCAAAGAUGUAGAUGAAAAUGAAUUCAUCGAUGCUUCCAGACUCGUCUAUGAUGGAGUUCGAGAAAUUCGAAGAGCAGUUCUCAUGAAUAGGACUGACGAAGAGCUGGAUCCGGAAGAUGUGGAAUUGGAUGAGCACUACACAAUAGAAACCCACAGUAGAUCGAGUGCCAGAACCGGUGAACAUGGUGUUGAUGAAUACCCUGAUAUCAGUGGUAUCACCACUGCAAGAGAAGCAAUGCGUAAAAUGACGGAAGAAGACAAACAAAAGAUCGCGCAACAAGUAGAGUUCUUCCGAAGUGAGAAAUUGAAAUUCGAUCGUGAGGUAGCUAAAUGGGACGACACAGGGAACGAUAUUAUCGUUUUAGCUAAACACAUGUGUAUGAUCAUGAUGGAAAUGACUGAUUUUACGCGUGGACGAGGUCCAUUAAAAACCACCAUGGACGUUAUCAAUGCUGCCAAAAAAAUUUCUGAAGCUGGUACCAAAUUGGAUAAAUUGACGAGUCAAAUAGCAGACCAGUGUCCAGAGUCGUCUACCAAAAAUGACUUGAAAGCGUAUCUACAGCGCAUAGCUUUAUACUGUCAUCAGUUGAACAUAACCUCAAAAGUGAAAGCCGACGUGCAGAAUAUCAGUGGAGAAUUAAUUGUAUCAGGGUUGGAUAGUGCUACUUCUUUAAUUCAGGCUGCUAAGAAUCUAAUGAAUGCUGUGGUGCUAACUGUCAAGUCUUCAUACGUAGCAAGCACAAAGUAUCCUAGACAGGGAACAGUUUCGUCUCCAAUUGUCGUCUGGAAGAUGAAGGCUCCCGAGAAGAAACCUCUCGUCAGACCCGAAAAACCAGAAGAAGUCAGAGCCAAAGUGCGGAAAGGGUCGCAGAAAAAGAUCCAAAAUCCGAUCAAAGCGCUGAGCGAAUUCCAAAGUCCAACAGAAUCUGUGUAAUACUGGUUUUACGCACGUAAUGUUUUGAAUUGUAAAAAAAAUUUGUAUCUCCUGUACGUAAUCGAUUACUCUAAUGGGUGGCAUAUCGCUUUAUUUCUUCCAAGACGCCAUUGUGUCAACACAAUUGCGGCUCAAAGCAGAAAAUACAAAAUCAUAUAUUAUCUUGUGAUGACAAUCGUCAUCGACAAUCUCCUCUGUGCGGUUGAAGCUAGUUCAAAUUUUCUUUUCUGUCAAUGUGAACACUUUUUCCUUUUUGAUAAAUUUUAGGAUGGCGUAGAAUUUAUACAUAUGUCCUCUUGUAAAUUAAUUUAAUUCUUCAUCUUUAUACAAAUAUUUGUGAUCUGUUUACGAAAAAAAAUGAAUAAAAGAAACAUUAGAAAAUUUUAGUUUCCUUAAGAGUAGCGUCAAUUUAUGAUGGAUGAUUAUUAAUUAUUUGCUCCUUAGUCUGACUGUUUAGCUCUAGUUUUCUUAAAAACUUAUUGAUAAAGAUCCCUACAAAUCUUUAUCAUGUGCAUUAUUUUCAAUUCUUUUGGUCUUAAAUUUAUGUAUUUCUGUAUUUUUCUCUUGUGCUAAUUCUUAUUUUAUGCAUUCCAAGAAUCACCCUCCUUUCUUGCUUUACCCUCGUAAUAGGUAUCUCAAAGUUUUUUUGAAACUUUUCAGCAAGAAUGUUUAGCAGUUCUUCGUUCUCAGGUAGGUAGAAUCAUGGUAUGUAUCAUAAAACCUGCGCAAAAAUUUUCCAGAAAGCUUUUUAUACUAGUAGAAGUCAAAUAUCAAUAAGAAUAAAGAUUUUGAUAAGAUUUUAAAAUGAAGUAUUUAUCAAUAUAUGUGAUUCUCUUAAUUUAAUCUUAAAUAUCUCAUUCCAAUUUUAUGUAAAACUCAAUUUUCUUAUUGCUAUAGGGAACUUUAUAAGUUAAGGUUUCAUGGAGCUUCAUCUCUGUCAGUGUAUAAAACAUAUUUUACAAUUCACUUCUUUCCCCUUCAGCAAACUGAAGAUGAACUCUAAAGUUGUCUAAAACGCGUCUUUAAUUAACAAAUUGGAAGGGAAAGAAAUGAGUCUUAUAACUUAUUAUGUAUAUUGACCAAAUCUUUUCCUGUUGUUUAAAAGGAUCAUCACAUACUAUACACCAUCAAACUCUGUCACAGUGUUAUUCUUUUAAACAGGAACAGUGGUUUGACUGCUGAAACUUUUUCAUUUCUUCAUUGAAUGACCUUGUUUGAUCAAAUUCCUUCUUGCAAACCUGUUCAUUGACAAGAUCAUUCAAAAAGAUUGCUAUUAGCUACUCUUGAUUGAGGCUCAAUAAUUGGACCACUUCUCACAGAUUUAACUUUAUCGCUAACUUUAUUAUUGAUCAGCGAUUGAACAAAUCAUGUUGCCCUAUUUGGCUAAUUUUAGGUGCUUUGACUGAGUUCGAUGUAGUAUUUGAGCAUUUUGAAGAGAUUAGCUGCAAGUAAUAAAAUUAGUACUUAUUUUUCUAUAGAAAAACUGCUUUAUAAAUGAUUUCGGAAUUUCAUGGUUUCUAUAAACACGAACUUGCUCAUCGUUUCAAACAAAUAUGCUCACCAUGCUCAUCUACUCAUGUUAUUAAAGUUUGGGUAUCUACUUUCGUUGAAUAUCGAUAGUGAAACUGCAUAAAUGCAUAUCUUGGUUUUUGACACUGCAGGCUCCCUGUAAUAGUUUACUUACUUUCUCAAUGAAAAAAUACUCAACAUUUUUUCGUGAAAACGUGUCUGAUUUUUCUCCUCUGUGACGAAAAUACUCUGUGAAAAUUUCAAGCAUUAGUGUAGACUCGUUCUCCUUUGAUAGAAUAAAAUUGGAGCAGAGAUUUUGAAACACCACAAACGAGAUUUCUAUUUUUGCAGUUUCAUCGUCGGUAUUCUUCACCUGUAAAAAUAUGCUUUUUUUCAAAUUUUAUAAAUGUUUACCUCUUACUUCUGUUUAUCAUUUUGUAUCUUUUCUGAAUCAAUGAGAGUACUUAUAGAAUUUUUUAUAUACAUUCAUGGUUUUUAAUGUAAUAAAAAUAAAAUUUUCCUUAAAA